UUUUGGAGCUAGAAGACUCACUGCAACACAGCUCAGGAGGUCCAAGUCAGAGCUACUCGACAGGUGCUCACUGCAAGGUACCUUGAGUAACAGUCAGAGAUUCUUGUACCAGACUAAGGAGGGACAUUCAGAAUUCAGUCUACAGUGGCCAUGAUUCCCAGGCUAAGUUGGCUCCGAUUGCUCCUAUUUGGGAUCCUGGGUAUAGUCUCACUUGUUACACAGGCGGAAGAGUCUGAGAAAGCAGUCACAUUUAGCCAUGUGUACAGAAUUAACUCUGGUUGUAAGCAGGACUUGCAGGCAAUUCCUUCCCAUGACCAAGCAUCAGAGGGUCAAGUCACAAUGAUGGAUGGAGAGAAGGACAUUGUUUUCAAGCACAACAUUAAAUUGCCCUCAUCUAGCUGCAACUGCGCUGAUUCAGAGGAAUUCAAAGCCCUGCUAUAUCGUGUCAAUGGUUUGGAGGAGGAGGUUACCUACCUGAAGUCCCAGUGUGCUCAAGGCUGCUGCAGAGGAAGCUCAGGUGUGGACACAAACUGUAGUGGUCAUGGUGUAUACCAGCACAACACCUGCAGCUGCAAAUGUGAUGUAGGCUGGGAGGGUCCAGACUGCUCUAUCUUCACCUGUCCAGACAACUGUAACGAUAAUGGCUACUGUGUAGAUGGACAAUGUGUUUGUCACACUGGUUACACGGGUCAUGACUGUGGUCUACUCACAUGUCCUGAUGACUGCAAUGACAAGGGCCACUGUGUGGAUGGCAAGUGUGUCUGCUUUGAGGGCUUUUCUGGAGACACCUGUAGCAUGCAAAAAUGUCCAAAUGACUGCAAAGACAAUGGGCGCUGCAUUGAUGGACAGUGUCUCUGCGACGAGGGCUUUUUUGGAAACGACUGCUCUAUGGUAAUGGGUCCAAAAGGCCUGCAUGUAAUCAGGGUUACUGAUGUAUCUCUGCUAGUGGAGUGGGAAGAAGUAAAUAAUGCAGAGUACUAUCUGCUCUCCUACUAUCCUUAUGGAAAUGUGGUAGCCAUCCAGGAGAUUCGUGUUCCCAACACCGAAAAUUCCUACUUGAUCACAGGACUCAAACCAGGAGUUACCUAUAUUGUGCAAGUGCAAGCUGUCAUCAGGGGUAUCAGCAGUGAAUCAGAUAGCAUCACAGCCACAACAGAUAUGUCUGGUGUAGAAGGUGUUCGUGUGCUUGGACAGACAGAAGACUCUAUCCAGGUGGACUGGCAGAACCCAGAAACCGAGGUUGAUUACUUUAAACUACGUCAUGCCAGCCCAGACGGCCAAGAGGAGCUGGAAAACGUAACCAGGAGCCAGGAAGCUAGGACCGUGCACACUAUUAUAGGACUUAACCCAGGCACUGAGUACCAGAUAACAGUGCAGGCCAUCAAAGGAAGCAAUGAGGGAAAACCAUCCCAUGCCACAGGAGUCACAGACAUUGAUUCUCCGAAUAACCUGGUCACUAGAGAUGUAACCGAGACCACAGUGACUGUGAUGUGGGAGAAGGUCCAUGCUGAGAUUGAUGGCUACAUACUGACCUAUAGCUCUGCUGAAGGCCCCAGCCAGGAGUUCCAAGUGGGAGCAAAUGCCACUUCCUAUAUGCUCACAUCACUGAAACCUGGGGUGCUGUACACUAUCUUCAUCUGGGCCUACAAGGACUCCCGUCUGAGUAGGAAGAGCUCUACUGAGGCAGAGACAGCACUAGAUGCACCUACUAAUCUUGUAGUCAGAGAAGUGACAGAGGAGUCAGCGAUGGUAUCAUGGGACAGAGUCCAAGCACACGUAGAUGGCUACAUACUGAGCUACAGUUCUGCUGAAGGGUCCAGUAAUGAGGUGCAAGUGGGAGCAGACAGCACCACCUACCAGCUGACUGGACUGAAGCCAGGAAUUGUAUAUACAAUCUAUGUCUGGGUCAUCAAGGGCUCUCGCUCGAGCAGGAAAGCUACAACAAAAGCUGAAACAGAACUAGAUGCACCUACUAAUCUCUUGGUCAGAGAGGUGACGGAGGAGUCAGCGAUGGUAUCAUGGAACAGAGUCCAAGCAGAAGUAGAUGGCUACAUACUGAGCUACAGUUCUGCUGAAGGGUCCGGUGAUGAGGUGCGAAUGGGAGCAGACAGCACCACCUACCAGUUGACUGCACUGAAGCCAGGAGUUAUGUAUACAGUCUACGUCUGGGCCAUCAAGGGCUCUCGUUCCAGCAGGAGAGCUGCAACAGAAACUGAGACAGAAAUUGACGCUCCAAAGAAUCUGAAAGCUGUUGAUGUUAAGAGGGAUUCUGCGGCUCUAACCUGGAAACCUCCUCAGGCUCACAUUGAUGGCUACAUUCUUAGUUACAGGCCUGAAGAUGGUAGUAUGGAGACUAUUGAGAAGAACUUUGUCACAGGAGAUGCCAGAGUUAGCCUCUCUGGUCUGGACACAGAGAAGAAGUACAUUGUCACUCUAAUUGCAUAUAGAGGCUCAAAGAGGAGUAAAGUGGUGGAAACCAUAUUCAUCACUGUAGGAGCAGCCUAUCCUUUCCCUAUGGACUGCACACAGAUCAUGAAGAAUGGAAACAUGAAGAGUGGAGUUUACACUAUCUACGUGAACAAUGACCGCAAUAAGCCUAUGCAGGUGUAUUGUGACAUGACCACAGAUGGUGGUGGCUGGAUUGUCUUUCAGAGACGCAACACAGGCAAGCUAGACUUCAUGAAGCGCUGGAGACAAUACAUGCAAGGUUUUGGGGAACUGACUAACGAAUUUUGGCUUGGCCUUGAGAACUUAAAUGCACUGACCAAUACAAGCACAAAGUAUGAAGUGCGCUUCGAUCUAGGCCUGGGGAGCGAGCGUGCUUAUGCUGUCUAUGAUGACUUCAAAAUAGGAUCAGCCAAGCAGAAGUUUAAGCUCACUAUUGGCAAUUAUCGAGGAAAUGCAGGUGAUGCUAUGACCUACCACCAGGGGAGACCUUUCACUACUAUAGACUCAGACAAUGACAUUGCUCUUGGUAAUUGCGCUUUCACACACCGUGGUGCCUGGUGGUACAAAAAUUGCCACUUAGCCAACUUAAAUGGCAAAUUUGAGGACAACAGACACAGUGUGGGAGUGAACUGGGAGCCAUGGAAGGGCCACCUUCUGUCCCUGGACUUUACAGAGAUUAAGAUCCGCCCAGUGAACACAGCCAGCCGGAAGAAGAGGUCACUCAAGAGAAGAGAAGCUGCCUAAUGAACAUUGUACUGAAAAGCAAAAUGACACAAUGAAAGUAGGAAUUGUGAUUAAUCAAAAUAUCAUAUUAUCACAUUUAAAAAAUAUGGCAGUGAAAAGUGGCUGGGUUUUAGCUGGGUGGCCCAGCUUUAUCUUACAAAAAUGUUGAAAGGUCAAAUGCCAAAAAAAUUUAUAUUUUUAAUUAUAUCAAUAUAUUUUAUUAUAUUUGUGUCAUUUAGCAGUUUAUGCAGAUAAGAUUAUGAAAUGAUUCCCCAAACAGCUGUGGUAUAGUUGGCCAAUUUCCUGGUAAGCAAAAAAGUUCACACAUUCAAAGUUUAUUUUAUCACCAUUUCCUCAUUUUACAAUUAUUCCAGUGUUUAGUAUUGAUCAUUUUAGAAUGUGUGAAAUGCUGUCUUAUAAAUUUGCGGGUUUAAAAAAAGUAUUUACUGCAAUGUUUACUUUUAAAUGUUUGACCUAAAUGCUGUAUAGUAUGUAUUAGGCUGGUUAUGUUAAAAGUACUAUAAAUUACUCUUUAUUUCAAGUUAUUGAAAAUAAAACAUAUUUGGAUAUUUGUCAUUAUUAUAAUGAUGUGAAAUAGUCUUUUGCUAACUGUUGCCCAUCUUUUACAACUGAUGCCAUUAUUAAUAUGACAAAAACAAUGGUGUGAGUUGAUCAAAAAGUGUCUUUGCAGAAAAUGUAUUAGCCCAAUAUUUUGUAAUAGUAAUUGUGACUAAAAAUUAAUAAAAAAAAAAUAUCAUUAUAAUAAUAAUAAAGUUCUUUGGAAUAGGUUUCAUGGUUUAUGUUACUGGUAUUAUGCAGGUAACUUAUAGUUUGAGUAUCUGUAUUCACAUGCAGUAUGAAGUUACUUCAUAAGUGUAAAUGAAGCAGCACAGUGAAUUCAUGCUCUUUAGUCCUAUUGCAUUGAAUUGCUUGUUGCAGUGUUACCUCAGACUGCUACAAAAGCUACCCAGAGUUCUUCACCUAUAGAGGCAGUAUAUUUUUCACCUUUAGAGGCAGUAUUGUGUUCAUUUUAUAAAACAGUGCAAUAUUAGAGCUCUAUACACCAUUGUACCCCCAUGUAAACGCUUACAGACAUGACAUCACUUAAGUACAGCCUUGGAAAAGGAUCAUAGGCUACUAUAUCCAAUAGGGACUCACUCUGGACUAUUUUAUUGUUUAUUGCAAUAAUCUAAGCACUAUCCACACUGACAUACUGUAACUUUGUUUCAGUCCUCUCCCAAACUGCUGCAAUGCUGACAGGAGAUCAGUGGCAGGUGGUGCUAAAAAAUGGGGGGCAAACAAACUUUAAAUCAAACUGUUAGUAAUCCAGGACUGUAAAUAACCAUUUAUCAGGUGAUUAUGUAUCAUUACUGCAAAGAUAAAAUA